GGGAGGUUAAUGAGCCAAGCCACCGGGCCGUCUGCCAAACAUGAGCGUCAAUGCAAUGAGCCUGACUGCAUUACCACUGAGCUCUCUAUAAUUAUACACUCUAUUGCAGGUAUGGGGAGGGAAAAAAGUUAGAGAGUGUCAGGGAGCACUUGUGAAGGAAGAAGGGAAGAGAGGAGGGGUGCGGUGGUGAGAUCAAGCGAGCCGGGGAGAGAGAAUGCUAUGACAGAGCGCUAGAAAGUGAGAGAGGGAGCGGGAGCGAGGGAGGGAGGGAGCAAAGAGGCGUUUAGAGAGUGAAAAGAAGGAGAGGCAGGGACUGGGUGAAUAGAGGAAAGGCUGAGCGGUAGCAAGGAAGAAGAUACAAAGUGGAUAUUUCUAUAUGCCCGCCACUGCCGCCAACCCGAUCCAAUGAGCGACCUCUCCAGUUGCAGAGACGCUCAAGCACCCGGCGAGCGUCAAAUUUUCGCCGCAGCAGAUAUCCAUCACAAGAGAUCCCUCACACGACCUCAAACGGGAUCAGAUUCCUGAUAUAGAACAAGGAGAGGAAGAAAGCAGUACAAAAUCCAUCCAUCAUCUCUGCUCAGCUGCUCAACAAAAUCACGGUGAGCAUCUUCAAUCCCGAAAAAUUGCCAGUGAUCUAACAGUGAUGCUGUGCCACAGCCUCCCUCUCGGUCUGUGCCCCCCAUUUUCCCGUGAGGCCCAUGUGACCUAGCCUACGCCCACACACAGGGGGCACCCACUGCCGCUGGAGCCCACCCAUGAAUCCCAGCCCUGACCGCGGCAAAGAGUGCCUCCCUCCCAAGAAGAGGGAGUCUCGGCAAGAACACUACCUUCCUCCGCCAGAUGAAUUCAAGCCCCCCGUGCCAUUUCGGAUUAGGACCAACGCAGGGCGAGGGGAGAGCAGCAGGGAGGUCGGGGAAAGGCAGAGAGCUCUAACGACCCCAAACCCUCAUCUCCUCCACACUCCUCCCCCCCUACCUGCACCGGCACCCCUGCCUAUGCCAUGGCCCUUGAGCUACACGUCGUCUGUGUCCCUUCCACUCUUUCAAGGGCACGUUGUGGAAAGGAGGGGUUCCGGGUCUCCCGCUUGGAGAGAUGAAACGCUCUCAACACCACUGCCUCACCACUCCAGGUGGCUUCGAGCCGAAACGCCCCUUUCCUCCCCGUCCUCUACUUGCUCUUUUAAGACUCCCUUCCCAGCUGAUUCACGAGAGAUGUGGUCUUAUAUUAACAGCGCCCGACGAGAUUACAGCCCCUCCAUCUUCUCCCCAUCCUACUUGUUCGGCCAUACUUCUCUCUACCCUCAAGAGCCAAGUUUAGUCGACGCCAGAAACAGAUACCUGGGCAAGAGGCCCAAUGGACUGGAUGGGCCGGGCAGCAGGACUGCCCCCUCCCCCAGGCAUUUGCUCCCAGGUGAUUACGGACAUGAUAGUAUCAGAAAUAGACUGGAUGCGAGUCCGCAAAGCUCACAUACGAAUGGUGGGCGGAGACCGCAGGAAGAUCUGACUCCUCAAUCCGGAGGCCUGUUUUUUUCAGACUCUAAAACUCAGGAGGACCACGAGCCACAUUCCUCACUGCAGGAGAGACAUCGGCAGAGAAUCCCGACCGCCCCCCACCCUCUGGGACAAGACCCCAGGGCAGGUAGAGAGGGAUUACCCAACACCGUGGGGGGCCCGGCAGCUCAAGCUCACCUCUACUACUCUUUGGGAUCUGUCAACCAGCCGAGCCCUCAGGCCUCCCAGUCCUACCCACCCUACAGUCCCUCAGGAUCGCCAUUGUAUAACCUACAAGUAGAGCCAGGCCCAAAGAAGCACAAUCCAAGGAGCUCCCCCAACUCGCCACAGGGUCUAGUGAACAGCCAUGACAGGUCCCCAAAAGGCCUUGACAGAGACCAAGACAAAGACAGAGAAAAGACUCUGCAUAGGGACAGGGAGCGAGGUAAAGACAAAGAGAAGCACCUGAAAUAUAACAGGGAUCACGUUCACACCUCACCCCCUGCACUUCACCCGUCUCCCCCCGCGCUCCUACCUCACUUCACCAAGGGUUCGCUCAUUGAGCUGGCCGGCGGGCAGUUGAAACAGGUGGAGGAGCUGCAGACGGAGGACUUCUUGAGGAGUGCUGAUACGUCCCCAGAGUUCCAUCUCAGCACCUGCACGGUUUUGCUCAUUUCCCCCAGCAGCGCACAGGGUGUCAGCCAACUGCAGGUCCACCUCACAGACCGCAACACUCAGGAGUUACUGAAGGUCUUGGUGGAGUACCCAUUCUUCGUCCAGGACCAAGGCUGGUCUUCGUGCUGCCCUCGGAGAACCACUCAACUCUAUGGCCUUCCCUGCCGCCAGCUUACAGAGGGGGACGUCUGCCUUGCUCUCACUCCCACACCCAAACAACUCCACCGGACUCAUGUGCGUUCCUCCUCCAGAGUCCAACGCACCCAACACCUUCCCAGGGCUGCGGCAGGAGGGUCGAGCAGCUCGCACAGCGAAAAAAUGCCACCUCCUCCGCCUCCUCCCCCUCUCCCCCAACACCCGCCCCCUACCGGGCUACCCCACACGGCGGCUGCAAAACCUCAGACUCAGGAGCUCGGGCGACCUCGGAAACGACGCUGGUCAGCCCCUGAUGUCGUUCCCUCGACAGGAACUGAUGAAAGCCUCCUGGAUUUACCUCAAGGCUCCAAGCUGAUGAAGUGGCAGUAGAAAACUUGCACAUGCACACCUUCACCAACAGUAAGCACAUGUAUACACGCCAUGUCUCUGUUGCUCCCGCUAGGGUUGCAGGUAUGGAAAAGAAAAAGAAUAAUAAUAAAAAAAAAAAAAUUACGGGUGUUCACACUGCUGCCCUCGGGCUUAAAUAUUGCUACUUGUUGCACCCCCCUCCCCUUUCUUUUGUUUCCCUUUCCUUUCCUUGGCAGCGGAAGAAUUAGCCACUGAAAGAUGUCUGGGUGGCUUCUUGCAGACACACUGAAGACAUUAGUGGGACAAUCAAGCACUCGUCUGCCCGUGUUUAUGUAACGGUCGUCCCACACACGUAUUUACCGACAGUGUGUCCUGCAGGGUAUCAAGUUCAAUCAGUGUUAUGAAAGUAAGCGCUAUUCAUACAUUGCACACAUAUAAGUAAUAUAUAUAUAUAUAUAUAUAUAUAUAUAUAUAUAUAUAUAUAUAUAUAUAUAUAUAUAUAUAUAUAUAUAUAUAUAUAUAUAUAUAUAAUAAAUAUAUAUAUAUAUAUAUAUAUUUAUUAUAUAUAUAUAUAUAUAUAUUAUAUAUAUAUAAUACGUAUAUAUAUAAUACGUAUAUAUAUAAUACGUAUAUUAUCACGAGGGUCGCGGGCGUGCUUACAAAAAAGUUACUAAAUAUCUUACAUGUGUACAGUGAGUAUGCUAAACAGACUUAAUGCAAUCUUGUCCAGAUACGUUGUGUUCGACUUCUUUCUUUUUUUGCUUCUCAACCAUUGUGUACUCGUCGGUCUGGGCCGGCAAGAUGAAUGUAAGAGCGCAAGCAACUCUUUGCCUUCUUUGAAUUUGAUCACCUUCAACGAGUUGUUUGUCAAGGCAUUACUCUCCAAUAUGUUCUUAACAUUAUCUCUGAGAAGAGAUGGAAGAACACUAAUGAAAACCGCGUAUGAGACAAUCAUGCCCACACGGACAGAUGUGUACCAUAGCCUUCAUGCUGAUUUUCCAUUAAAAGCUGAAAAAUGGAAAGAAUGCAGUGAGGCAGAAGAGUCAUGGUGCUAAUAACACGUUGGAACAUGAUGCUUUGUGGAUACGCACGACCCUUGUGUACUGUACACUUGUGUUUCCAUUUCAUUGUUGCGUACUGUAUGCAGUAUGUCUGAAAGCAGGGAAAAUGACGAAAGUAUUUUAAACUCUGAUACGGGUAUCUCUUCUGAUUCAGCACACUCUUUUCACUUUAGUUCUUUUUUGUGACUAAACCAUCCCUGUUAAUUAUUGCUUCUAAAUGUCAUAGCUACAAAAUGUAUAUUUUUUAAAAUCGUGAAUUUGUUCUAUGAUGUUCGCUAGAAAUAAAUGGAAAACAAAAAUGCUUCAUA